AUGUCUGAUCACGAGGAUAGUUCACAGAUAUCUGCAGAAAUAGAAUAUGCCUCAUUAAAACAGAAGAAGUCGAGAACCAAAGCAGGUUAUACCCGAAUAAGAAAUAGACUUUUGGAUCUGUGUAAAUCGGACUCUGACACUAGUGGUGAGGAGCUAAAAGAAUGUUUAGACCGAUUGGAAGCAGAAAUGGACAAAUACCAAAGUAGCCUAGACAAUAUGAUUGAACAUUUAAAAAUUACAAAGAACACAAAAGAGUUGAAAAAAGUUACAGAAGAGGUGGAAGAGUGCGAUAGUAGUUAUGAAAAAGGGGCAAAAGAGUACCACAGGAAACAGAAAGAGAUAAGUACAGGUCAAGGAAGUCAUGGCGCUGAAGAAGAAAGUAAAAUUGGUAAGGAUCUUUGGAAACAAUUGAAAAAGGUUUCUAUACCAAUUUUUUACGGAAACAAAAUUAAGUACCCCGCAUGGAAAGCUGCAUAUUACUCAUGUGUAGACAGCGCAGAGCAUUGUAGUGCCGAAUAUAAACUUUUGCAGCUCAGGCAAUAUCUAGGAGGGGAGGCAUUGGCUUCUAUAGAAAAUCUUGGUCAUUCUGCGGCGGCUUAUGAUGCCGCGAAGGAACGAUUAGAAAGGAAAUAUGGAGGUACAAAACGCAUUGUAAAUAGAUUUCUGGAUGAACUAGAGAAAUUUCCACCUCUUAAAAAUGAAAAUGUGAAAGGAUUAGAAAAUUUUGCUGAUUUAUUGGACAUUGCCGUCAUAAAUUUGAAAGAAGUAGACCAUAUGGAAGAUUUGAAUGAUGGGUCACUGUACUAUAGACUUAUGAAAAAGUUGCCGCAGUCUAUGCUUAUUCGCUACAAUAGGAAGGUUCAUGAACAAGAAUUAGUAGAAGGAGUAGAAACGUUAAGAACAUUUGUGAACCAAGAGGCAGAAUAUGCUGUUAACGCUGAAGAAACCAUCUAUGGGUUAACAAAUCACCAUUUUAACAGACAAACUGAAAAGCCAGCUAGAUCCUAUUUUGGAAACACAGAUCAGAAGAAAGGUGCAUGUAGAAUUUGCUACAAAGAUCAUAGAGUUUGGGAAUGCCAAAGAUUUAAAGAUAUGACAAUAGAAGAUAGGUGGAAGAAGGCAAAAGAAAAUCGUUUAUGUUUUCGUUGUUUACAAUCAAGUCAUACUGGAAAAGAAUGUCGAUAUAAAGGGAAAUGUGGCAUAGAUGGAUGCGAAAAAACCUACAAUCGAUUACUGCACAAUGUAGGAAGAGCUGUAGAUGCAGGAUUAAAUGCUCAGGCUGAAACAUUUGAACCAAAGGCACAAACACAAGAAAGAGUGUUUACAUCUAGUCAUUCAAACUACAUAUCAUUAAGAACAGUUCCUGUAAUAAUCAAAGUGCAUGAGAAAGAAAUCAAAAUAAAUGCAUUACUUGAUGAUGGUAGUACAAAAUCAUACAUAAAUGAAGAUGUUAUUGCUGAACUUGGAAUUAGUGGUGAAAAACAAACAGUUGAAGUCAAUGUAAUAAAUGGUAAAACUGAAAGAUUUGACACAAUGGAAGCUAACUUUACUUUGCUUGAUACAAGCAAAAACUUUGAAAUUGAAAUGACUGUUCAAACAACAAAAAAUGUAACAGGAAGGCUGCAAGCUAUUGACUGGAAUAGAAAUGCAAAGAAAUGGUCACAUCUUCAGGGAAUCAACUUUCCGAGAAUUGGCAAACGGUCAAAGGUUGAUCUGCUUAUUGGACUUGACUAUGUUGAAUUACACAGAUCACUAGGUGAUACAGAGUGA